CAAGCGAUGAACACAGCAGCAUUCAGGUUUCUGGCGAUUGCAGCGCUUUGCGCCUUUGCGCUGCCCGCAACGACGCAAGCUUUGACCAUUGAACCCCGCAGCAGUUGGGGUGCUGCGAGUGCCCGGUCUCCCUCACGUGUGAACGGCGCUGUGGAAUAUGUGAUCAUCCACCACUCGGAUAAUCCCAAUGGGUGCACCACGUCGCAGCAGUGCCAGCGCCUGAUUAAGAACAUACAGUCGGAUCACAAGGGCAGACGGAGUUUCAGCGACAUUGGCUACAAUUUCAUUGUAGCUGGCGAUGGCAAGGUGUACGAGGGUCGCGGCUUUGGACUGCAGGGCUCCCAUGCGCCCGGCUACAAUCGCAAGAGCAUUGGCAUCGUAUUUCUGGGCAACUUUGAGAGCAGCGCGCCCUCGGCACAGAUGCUGCAGAACGCCAAGGAUUUGAUUGAACUGGCCAAACAGGGUGGCCACCUAAAGAACGACUACACUCUGCUGGGCCAUCGACAGACCAAGGCAACCGCCUGCCCCGGCACGGCGCUCUACAACGAGAUCAAGACCUGGCCGCACUGGAAACAGAUUUAAAACUUUAUGUGAAUUUCGAUAGAAUAUAUAUGUAUAUAUAUAUAUAACUAGGCAUAUAUAUAUACAUAUUCUGCGGAAUUUUCAACGAAACAAAAGUGAAAUUUACGCUUUGAAAACCAUAUUUCUUGGCUUAAAAAUAAAUGCUGACUUUUAAUACCUAUACAAAUCAAGACUAUCGAUCGGUAUUAAAAAAAGUAACAAUAUUAUUCCAAAUCAAAUUAUACUAGACAAAAACUCUGAUCUUACCUCUUGAGUUUUGCAUAGGUUGUAUACCAAAUCGAUCAGUAAAAGUCUUAAGUGAUAUAUUAUAACAAAAUGGAACUUUUUUAAGUCGAGAGAUAACAAACUAUUCGAACCGACUUUAUUUGCAAAUAUUCCGAUUUUUGUCAGU